CAGAGCUGCUAGGCUCCUGCACCAAGCCUGAAGAGCAAUUGUUAUUAGGCCUAGAUUAUCCAAGUACUGACCAAGCUUGACCCUGCUUAGCUUUCCAAGAUCAUAUGAAUUUGGGUACAUACAGGGUGGGUUGGCCACAGUCAGAUCAGGCCCUUUCAGUUCCUGAAUGCUGCCAACCUGCUGUGGAUGCAGGUUGGCCUUUGAUUUCCCUGCCUGUGUUGGUGCUGGGAAGGGCAGUACCCUGCGUCUGCGUUUUGGGGCGUGCUGUGCUGAGUUUGAUUACCGCAGCGACUGGGGAUGCUGUGCAGUGUGGUACUCACUGCAGCGUUUAGGCCUGCUGCUCACCACCCUCGCCGUCUUUCUGUCUCCCUUCUUUCUUGGCCUGUUUUGUAUUCUUAGCAUUUGGUUGCCCUAAUCUGAAAGUCCCGAAGUAGGAAACCAGACAUUGCCUGCUUGGGAGUUUGAUCUUGAACCUAAAUCGGUGUUCUUUCCUGUUGUUGAAGUGUGAGGUCAGAGAUAGGAAAACACGGCAGUUGCGAAGAGGGAGCCCCAUUCAGGAAGGUUAAACUUAAGAACAGAAAACCCUGACACUGGCAAGUGCAAAAUGGCUUAGUAAUCGUCACUGGAGCGAAGGUGAGACAGCAGGUCUCAUCCUUGUUACCCGAGUUCAGAUCUACGUGUUAAGCGGGAACAGUUUUGGGAAAAUGUUGGGCCAGUUGAGUGGCAGUUGCCCAAGUACGCCUGUUCCUAACGACUAGAACUCUGAUUGGCCCAAAUCUCUGCCUUGUUAUGCCUUCCAGCCAAUCAGGGGUUAGUUGGGUCACUGAAGUUAGUAUUUUAAGUUUUUAAAAGCUGGGCACUUGCCUUUGCUUGCUUUCUGUAGGACUGUGGAAGACUGGAAAGAGUGGUCAGUGGCUGCGCAGGGGCCUUAUGGCAUGAAGCACAGAGCCUGUGAGAACUCAUUGCUCACUUACUCCACUAAAGUUUGGUCCCCUUUCUCCAGUCCUCGGUGAUGUGGAAGUUAUUUAGAGGUCGUUCCAGAGAAGCAGAGUCUUUCAAAGAACAAGGAAAUGCAUACUAUGCCAAGAAGGAUUACAAUGAAGCUUAUAACUACUAUACAAAAGCCAUAGAUAUGUGUCCUAAGAAUGCCAGCUAUUACGGCAACCGAGCAGCGACGUUGAUAAUGCUCGGAAGGUUCCGGGAAGCUCUCGGAGAUGCCCAGCAGUCAGUGCGUCUGGACGACAGCUUCGUCCGGGGUCAUCUACGAGAAGGCAAGUGUCACCUCUCACUAGGAAAUGCCAUGGCAGCAUGUCGCAGUUUCCAGAGAGCCCUAGAACUGGAUCACAAAAACGCACAAGCACAGCAGGAGUUCAAAAAUGCUAACGCAGUCAUGGAAUAUGAGAAGAUAGCUGAAAUGGAUUUUGAGAAGCGGGACUUUCGGAAGGUGGUUUUCUGCAUGGACCGCGCCCUGGAAUUUGCCCCUGCCUGCCAUCGCUUCAAAAUCCUCAAAGCAGAAUGUUUAGCAAUGCUGGGUCGCUACCCAGAAGCACAGUCUGUGGCCAGUGACAUUUUACGAGUAGAUUCCACCAACGCGGAUGCGCUCUAUGUUCGUGGUCUUUGCCUUUAUUAUGAAGAUUGCAUUGAGAAGGCGGUUCAGUUUUUUGUGCAGGCUCUCAGGAUGGCUCCUGACCACGAGAAAGCCUGCAUUGCUUGCAGAAAUGCCAAAGCUCUUAAAGCGAAGAAAGAAGAUGGGAAUAAAGCAUUUAAGGAAGGAAAUUACAAGCUAGCACAUGAACUGUACACAGAAGCCCUGGGGAUAGACCCCAACAAUAUCAAAACAAAUGCUAAACUCUACUGUAAUCGGGGUACAGUUAAUUCCAAGCUUAGGAAACUAGAUGAUGCAAUAGAAGACUGCACAAAUGCAGUGAAGCUCGACGACACUUACAUAAAAGCCUACUUGAGAAGAGCUCAGUGUUACACGGACACGGAACAGUACGAGGAAGCAGUUCGGGACUACGAGAAGGUGUACCAGACGGAAAAAACAAAAGAACACAAACAGCUCCUCAAAAAUGCACAGAUGGAACUGAAGAGGAGUAAGAGGAAAGAUUACUACAAGAUUUUGGGCGUGGACAAGAACGCUUCUGAGGAUGAAAUCAAGAAAGCUUACCGGAAGCGGGCUUUGAUGCACCAUCCAGAUCGGCACAGUGGAGCCAGUGCUGAGGUCCAGAAAGAAGAGGAGAAAAAGUUCAAGGAAGUUGGAGAGGCUUUCACCAUCCUCUCUGACCCCAAGAAAAAGACGCGCUAUGACAGCGGCCAGGAUCUGGAUGAGGAGGGCAUGAAUAUGGCUGACUUUGACGCGAACAACAUCUUCAAGGCGUUCUUCGGAGGCCCUGGGGGCUUCAGCUUUGAAGCGUCCGGCCCAGGAAAUUUCUUUUUUCAAUUUGGCUAAUGAAGGGCAGCCACCCCAAACCCAGAAGAUGCGGACUCGCUCAGUUUAAUCUUGAAUGUGGACAUACUUCACCUCCUCCCUUCAUCUUGUCUCCGUGUACUUAGAGCAGUUUGGUUUUCAUACUUGGAUCCCAUGUCUGUGUGAUUGGGUGAAGGAAAAGGAGCCAGCGCUGAAGACUAUGGGGAAGGGAGGGAGGCAGCUUGUGAAUUUUUGUUUUACUGUUUAACUUUAUUAAAAAAGAAGAGAAUAAAAUGUUUUGACCCU